CCAUCUGGGUCAUUCCAGCCAUGGCUGUUCGUCAAACCCGCAGCAAAAUGCUGCUGGAGUUCAUAAAAAUUUCCUUCAGCUUGAGCUCCAUUCAUGGGUUUCCGCACCUAGCGGCUAAGAAGCGCCACAUCGUGGAGAUGGUAAUUUGGGUGGUUCUGGUAGGAGCUGCUGUGUAUGGAGCCGUGGUACUCAGUAGUACGACCUUGAAAAGGUACACCGAGAACCCGACUGUUAUUUCGAUGGAAAGGGAUAGGUUUUCGUGGAAUACGUCGUUCCCGGCGGCUACGAUUUGUCCCAGUUAUAAAAUAAAUGAGGAUUUGUUGGAUUUGUACGUUGAUAGUUCGACGGAAAAGAACAAGAGUCUGUUGAGGGAGUUUCUAGUGACGUUGUCUGAAGCCACAUACACGAAUUUUGAAACCGUGGUUGAGUACAACGGGAUUACUGAGGAGAAUUAUUUGGAUAUUUUGUUGGAUCUUCAGUUUGAGUUUAAACCAGCGGUGUCGAAUUCGGGUGGGAACGACAAACUGUACACCCUCGAAAAAAUUGUUUCUGAAAUGGGGAUUUGUUAUAGUUUUAACUCAAAGUUGGCUAUUUAUAACUCUCCUGACUACUGGGAUGAAGACAGAUGGGAUUUAGUUGAAGGUAACGAAACCUUCUACGUAAAUCCUCUAGAUGGUGAAGUUUUUGCCAAUGUCAUGAACAUGUCCACGGGUUUUGAUAUUUAUAUUCAUGGUCCGUAUGAAGUUGCCGAUAUCGCGAGUAAAAAAAUUAAUUCGCCGAAUGGUAACUUUCUCCAGAUGUCCUUAUCAGGUUUGACUAUUUUUAGCAGUGAUAACAUCAGAGCUUUGAGUAUGAAGCAGAGGAAGUGCAGAUUUCACGAUGAGAGCGAUUUGAAGCACUCUCCUGCAUACUCUUAUGUGUUGUGUAGGAUGGAAUGCAGGGCCGCACUCGCGAAACGCUUGUGUGGCUGUGUUCCACAUUUUUAUAGAAAAAAAGAAGGCGACAAAAUCUGCAACGUCCCCGGCCUCCAUUGUCUUGCGAAACACAAAGAAAAACUAAUCCUUCUAAAAGGCGACUGCUUUUGCCUACCCAACUGCAACGAAGUCAACUACAUCGUAGAAGACAUGGACACUCGAGCUUGGUUUCUCGGCUCUAACCUCCAAUGGGGCCUCAAAGAGUACCCCAAAAUGCGCUUGCGACGCGACAUUAUUUUCGGUUUUUCAGACCUCUUAGUCUACAUUGGCGGCAUGGCCGGUCUAUUUCUGGGCUGCAGCGUCCUCAGUUUCAUCGAAAUCAUUUACUUCUUCACAUUGAGACUCUACUGGUUUGUCGUGAAAUAUGGAAAAGAGACCCGAGAUAAGUUCUAGGUGGUCUAAGUUUGUGUUACAACAGAAACAAACAGUGGGUGGAUCGAAUGUACAAAAAUUUUUUUGCGGAAGAUAUUUUUUUCAGGUGUAUACUGGGUGGUCGGAGUGACAUAUGUGAUGCAACAAUCUAAUGGACUUGUGUUUAUUUAACAAACUGACAGUAAUACGUCACACAUCGCACACCGAGACUGCUUUCGAGCUACAGCGACGCUACGAAAACACAGCUUCUUGGACACGUUUCACGAAAAACCGUCUGUUAUUUUAUUGAGAAAAAUUUCAGGAUAUUUAACAAGUGUGGAGCGGCACGUGAAAGUCGCACGUCAAUCACGUCGCUAAUUGGGAUUUUCCUUUCGCAACUUAUAGUAGUCGCGCUGCGCUAAGUAACAGAAGGAUUUCUGAAAUUAGACUGAUUUAUUUGUGAGUUACACAGUCAAUUAGUGUUACAAGCAAUGUAAACUCUUCAAAAACAUGUCAAAUAAAUCACCCAUGAUGAA